AUGGCAGCUCGUGCGGCCCGGCUCCUGGUGGUGGCCCUCCUGUUGGGGCUCUGCACCCCGGCGGGGGCCCAGAAGCCUUCCGCCUGCCAGUGCUCUCGGAGGGCCCCGGAGAAUCGGGAGAACUGCGGGUUCCCGGGCAUCACCAGUGAGCAGUGCUCCUCGGCUGGCUGCUGCUUCGACAACUCCAUCCCCGACGUGCCCUGGUGCUUCAGACCCCUCCCGACGCAAGAGUUCCAGGAGUGCGUGAUGGAGGUGUCCGCCCGCCAGGACUGCGGCUUCCCGGGCAUCAGCCUCCAGGAGUGCGCGGCCAGGAGGUGCUGCUUCUCCGACGACGUCCCCAACGUGCCCUGGUGCUUCUUCCCCAUCUCCGUGGAAGAGCCCUGCAACCUGCUGAAGGAUGAACCUGUAGAUGAGCUCAAUGUCAUACUGAAGUACUCACCCUGA